AUGGCCUUGAACGCCGCCGUUGCAGGCGUCCUGCAGCAUCAAAGGGAGUCGAGAAGCUACGAGGAUGCCGAGUUUGAUCUGAACCGAGUGCUUGAGAAUCCGAAUGUCUUCAGGAAUAGGAUUGAAACUAUUGACAGCGUUCUUCAUGACGUAGAGUCUCAGACAUUGUUCUGUCCACCGAAGGAAUCUUCAGAGAAGCAGAAAGAGUCGAAACUCCAAGCAUUUCUGGAGCAGGUACAAUCCAGGAUCGAUCGCUCGACAAGAUACCGUAAGCUCGCCGGCACCUCCCUCUUCUUCCUCCUCUUCAUCCUCCUCGUCUUUGUCCAGCGUGACUCUCAAACACUGUUUGCUAUCGAAAGCUCGCUCCUCGACUUCCUUAUCGGUGACCUUCCUACAUAUCUCUCGGGGGGCUUCAUGAACUCCGGGGUAGGAGCCACGGGAUACAUCCGCAACAACGACGACCUCUACUCCUGGCUGCAGCAGAGUAUCCUCCCGUCCGUCUUCCAAGACCCCGUCUGUGGUGACGGAGUCUGCGACAGCCCUGCGGAGUACCCGGGCUUCGGUCGCUUCGGCUGCAUCCCAGACUGCGGCAAGUAUCCCAACCUGACGAGCGUGUCCCUGAGCCUCAAGGACGUGAUCGCUGACAGUGGAGCCUUGCUGGGGUGGGACCUGACGCUCCUCGACUCGAGCCUGGACCCGAGCAGGAGCAAGUUCACCUACAACAUCUACAGCGACACCAUGAACGCCUUCGUCUUCGAGCAAGACAUUGACAACGCGACGCUCUCGCUCGAGCUUCCCGACGGGCAGUACACGCUCGUGAUGUAUCAGACGAAGCAGACGACAGACUUGGUGGACCUGUCUACCAUCGAGCACUACCUGAGACUGGUUCAGAGCACGGUUCCACCGAACCAGCAGCUGAACUCGUUUGAUUACGGUGAUACCCGAGAGCUCAUCGCGUCCGUCACGCUUAUGAUUGAGAACAUCAUUGAUUACUGCUCUAAGCUCGUCAACCAGUCGCCUGACUCCAAGUGUGAAACGCUUGAUGUCACUGCGUACGAGAAGCAACUGCCGUUGUCCUUCGCUGAAACUGAGUCUUCCUUCAAACAAGCAGCCAUGAGUUGCCCGUCGGCAAGAGACAAGCAGUCAAAAGGCUCUCAUCUGAAGAACAACAUCAACACCAAACUGCGUUCAACUCCAAACAUCUCGAUGGGCACAAAACAGGUCGGAGAUACUUGCUCCUCCCACGCUGACUGCGCUGCCUCCUCCUUCUGCGCUGCAUGGACUGUAGUGGCAUCAUCAUCCUCCUCCUCCUCGACCUUCGUCUGCAAGCCCUGCGCUCUCUGUACCGUGGACACCAGGGACUCCUACGACGGCGUCUGUCCUCAGGACAAGUGCCCUGGCUCCGGCGGCUUUCCGCCCUGCGUUAACGCCUCUGCUCUUCUCGCCAGCUUCUCCUCCUCCUGCGAGAACCACAACCACUUUGACAUCUGGUCCUACGGCUCCUCCUCCUCCGGCCCCCCGGUUGUCAUCCCUCCCUUCACGCCCAAGGUGCUGGAGGUGACGCCGUUCAACCGCAUGGUCGGAGCUCUCGUGGUCUCGCAGAAGCGCAUGCAGAGUCUGCCCACGUGCGUCGAUCACAUCCAGGACCCAGGGCUGCACAACUACACGCUCCUCGCUCAGAGCAGCAUCAACUGCCCCUCGACCUCCGCGCAGGAGAGCACUCCCUUCGGCUUCGACCCGACCUUCAUGCCCUCCAGCAGCCUCUACAACGGCGAGCUGCGAGCCGAUCGCUUCUACGGCGACAGCGAGCGACACUCGUUCGUGGACGACAGCGGGCAGGAGGUGAUCUCCUACCCGUACGGCUUCUUCCCCCACCGCUACGACUCCAACCACCUCGACCUCAACAUGGACGGCGAGCUGACGCCCGACGAGCUCGCUCGUGACGUCAACGGCUCUGACUUCAGCAAGAGCCCAGCUGUGGUGGUGAGCUUGGAAGCGGACAACUUCAAGGUGUACUUCGACGAGCGGCUGUCAAGGAAGCAGGCGCUCGACAUGCUGACGAGCCUGCAGGACGGGAAGUUCAUCGACUUCCAGACCAAGCAAGUCUCCGUGGAGCUCAUGACCUACAACGCGGUCAGAAACAUCCUCUCCUACUGCCAGGUGACCUUCACCUGGGACGUCGGGGGAAAGAUCCCGUGGGAGUACAAGAUCACGACGGUGGGGGUGGACAAGAUCAAGCACCCGAGCACGUGGCAGCUGCUGCUCAUGCUCGCCAUCCUGCUGGCCCUGGUGAUCAACGUGGGGAUGGAGGUGACGGACAUCCUGCACCACCUGAGAAAGUUCUCCGCCUCCUCCUACUUCACCGACCCCUUCAACCUCAUCGACUGGCUUCACUUCGCGUUCCUCGUCGGCUCGGUAGUCAGCUGGCUCCUGCUGCACAGCAAGGCGCGAGCCUUCAGCCUCAAGGUCGGUUACCCGAUCCUCUUCUACGGGCCCGAGUACGGCAGCUCGCGACGAGUCUCCUCCGCCUCCAGCCAAGGCAGCGCCGCUAAUUUCGAGAGUCCCAUCGCAGUCACCAGCUUUGCCAAGGCCAGGAGGCUGCGGACCAACAACCAGGCCGAGUACGACUUCCUCCUCCUGCUGGACUCGGUCAAGGCCAUGGCGUCGGCAGAGGACAUGUACGCCUUCUUCGCGGGGAUGAGCAUCGUGCUGUUUGUGUUCCGAAUGCUCAAGUCGCUGGACUUCCAAGAGCGGAUGGGGAUGGUGACGAGGACGAUCGGGAGGGCGUCGAGCGAUCUGUUUCACUUCCUGCUGCUGUUCAUGAUCGUGUUCGUGGGGUAUGCCAUCGUCGGCGUGUUCCUCUUCGGCCAUCAGUACGAGGGCAUGUCCAAUCUCUCAGGUUCCUUUAAGUCUCUUGCUAUCACUAUUCUUAACAUGGACACUACUCAGUUCUACACUUCGAUGGAUCACGCUGCUUCAGACAUCUCCUUCCAGCUCUACUUGUGGUCUUACAUCUUCGUUGUGCUCUUCAUUCUCUUCAACAUUUUCCUCGCUAUCCUCGUCGAGGCCUACUCCAACGUCAAGCAAUCGACCGACGCUCGCGCCGGCCUCGUCUCGGAGCUCAAGGACGUGCUCAGCCACGGCGCGCGCCGCUGGCUGCCGGGCAGUCGCAACUUCAUGGCAGAUCAGAAGAUCCGACAAUCGCUGCAGGAUGAGCUCAAGGCGCGGGGCUCGAGCCAGCGCAUGAAGGAGGUGGUUGACAAGGAGAUGGCGCGGCGAAAGGCGAUUCUCCUUCGGGGGGGCGUGCAGAUCGAUGAGGACGGGCUGCUCGACCUGCUCACCAUGCAGUCCAGCUCCAGCGCCAGCGUCGCUCCUGCCCCCGAAGAUGCGGGGGAAGGAGAAGGGCAGCGAAGAGUGAUGUUGGACAUCCUAGAGCGAUACGGAAAGGACGUGUCUGAGCUCCGAGAGAGACGAAAUAGGGAGCUGCGAGAGAUCGUGGGGAUGGAGAACAUGAAGAGGCUGCUCGCCAUGAACCUCAUGCAGAUCAAUGUGCUCGAGGAUCAGCGGCGGACGCUCGACCUGGUUGAGAGCAUCGCCUCCAGCAUCAUGGACUCAAUCCCGGAGAGGAGGAAGAGCUUCUUUGCCGCCGCCUCCUCCUCACACCCCGAGAGCUCCAAGAUCGGCAAACUCUCCGUCUGCGUUCACGGAGCUAGUGGCCUACCCAAGAUGGAUUUGAUCCGCAGCUGCGACCCCUACUGCAUCCUCUACCUCACAGGGCAGGAAGACGCCCAGUCCUACGUGACGAGGACGAUUCCGAGGAGUGUCACCCCCAAGUGGGAGGAAGAGUUCGAGUGGGACGUGGCAGCGGAAGCCUCCUCAGUCGUCAUCACAGUGUGGGACAAGGACAAUAUCACAAAAGACGACUUCAUCGGGAGCGUGAGCGUGGAGCUCAGCAAGGCCCUAUAUCAGAGCAGCCACGAGAACAUAUUCCUCCCCAUCCUCAACCCCAAGAUUGAGGGCAGGCUGAAGCAGGCGAAGCUGGAGCUCUCCGUCCGCUUCCAUCUGUACGGCAGCUGCUGA